AGCAGAGAAGAUUGUGACCAUUGUUUUUGAUGAUGGGUUCAAUAAAAGUGGAGAGGAGUUGACUGCAGUAAGUAACAAACACAAAAGUAAAGUUUAUACAAUCUUGUCUAUUUGCUGAUUUUAUUUUUUAGGGGUUGAUUUUGUAUUAAUUUAAAAUUUGUUUUAAUUUUUUUAGGUGACAGAACCUUUGGUGAGGGUUCUUCGUAUGGUGGAUGGAGAGGGCAUGCCAAUGGGUUUCAUUUAUGAGGCCAUGGAUAGGGCCAAAGAGGCCAUUUCACAUUACUAUCGUGGAAAUGCAAGAAAAUGUGAAAUCUUUUGGCGCAUCAUUGAUCGUAGGUGGACAAACCAACUCCACCAACUGAUACAUGCCUUCGCCUACUUUUUGAACCCGAAAUUCUACUUCUCUGAUUCAUUUAGGGCUGAUGAGGAGGUCAUGGCAGGUGUUAUUACAUGCAUUGAUAAGAUGACACCUGAUCCUGAGUUGAGAGACAAGGUUCUUGAUGAGUUGGAGAUCUACAAAAGUGCAGAGGGGAGACUCUUCUCAUCACAACUAGCAAUUGAUAGGAGAGGAAAACAACAACCAGAUUUAUGGUGGGAGAAUUAUGGUGCCGGCACGCCUAAUCUUCAAAAGAUAGCUAUCCGUGUUUUGUCUCAGCCAUGCAGUGCUUCUGGGUGUGAACGAAAUUGGAGUGUCUUUGAAAGCAUUCACACAAAGAAGAGAAAUAGAUUGUCACAAAAGCGGCUCAAUGAUCUAGUAUUUGUUCGGUACAACCUUCGCCUUCGAGUUAGACAGGUGGAGGGUGUUUCACAUGAGGCCAUUGACUUGGAUGAAAUUGAUCCAUAUGGUGAUUGGACCAUGAAUGAACAAAAUGAUGGUGAUGAUGUCCUCCUUACCGAAGAAGAAAUUGCAGAAAUAGAGAGAGGAGCAGCACAAGAUGCAGAAGGAGCAAGAUUGGAUGAAGAUGAGGACGAAGAUGAGGAUGAUGAUGAGGACUAUGACUUUGAAGAAGACUCAUCUCACCAUUUAGAUACCACAACACCCACUGCUACUACUUCUAGCUCAAGGCCUGAAAAAUUGAGCUAUAUUAGGAAAAAUACAAAGAGGAAGAUGUAGUCUUCUCUUUGGUUUGUUCAUUCACAUUGCUGUUUUUCACAUUUGCAGUUGGACUUGGACAUAUCAUUAUAUGUAAUUUUGUGAACAUUUAUAUACUUAUGCUGCCAUUAUAGUAUUAUACAUUUUAGAGUUGAAACUUGAAACUUGAAUAUGCUGCCAUGAAUGAUGAAAUUUCAAAUAUUGCGUGUUUGUACUUU